GAAGCCUUUUUUAUCCUUCUCUUCUCUCCCUCUCUCGUUGUCGUCAGCCUCCACCGGGACUCGUCAGACCGAUCUAGGGUUUAUCAGUCGUCAUGUACCGCACGGCAGCUUUACGAGCCAAGGCCCUUAAGGGCUGUCUUAGCCGCAGUUUCAGGGCAUCACGCUAUGCAAGCUCUACUGCUGCUGCUGCUGCUGCUGCUGCAACGGUUUCACCAGUUUUCUCCGGUAGCUCGCUUCCUUCGUUGAACAUUCCCUUGGACGGUGUCUCUCUUCCACCAUCACUCCCUGACAAUCUCGGGCCUAGCAAGCUUCAGACCACUACUCUUCCCAAUGGUCUCAAAAUAGCCUCUGAGAUGUCUCCGAAUCCAGCAGCUUCCGUUGGUUUAUACGUUGACUGUGGUUCUAUCUACGAGACACCUUUUUCCCGUGGAGCUACGCACUUGCUUGAGAGGAUGGCUUUUAAGAGUACGCUGAACAGAUCCCAUGUUCGUCUUGUGAGGGAGAUAGAGUCUAUGGGAGCUAGUACUUCAGCCUCUUCUUCCCGAGAGCAGAUGGGUUACACUAUUAAUGCUCUCAAAACCUAUGUUCCUCAAAUGGUUGAAGUGCUUGUCGACAGUGUGAGGAACCCUGCUUUCGUGGAUUGGGAAGUCAACGACGAGCUCAGGAAAAUGAAAGUGGAGAUAGGAGAACUUGCAAAGAACCCUAUGGGUUAUCUCUUGGAGGCGGUUCAUUCUGCUGCUUACUCUGGCGCAAUGGCAAAUCCUAUGUAUGCACCUGAAUCUGCAAUUAGCGGCUUGACUGGAGACGUCUUGGAGAAGUUUGUUUCCGAGAACUACACUGCUCCACGAAUGGUAUUAGCAGCUAGUGGAGUUGAACAUGAGGAGCUUUUAAAAGUGGUUGAGCCAUUACUAUCUGACCUUCCUAAUGUAACUCGACCAGUGGAGCCUAACUCUCAAUAUGUUGGUGGAGAUUUUCGUCAACAUAAUGGUGAUGAGGCAACACAUUUUGCGCUUUCUUUUGGAGUGCCAGGGUGGGAUAAGGAGAAGGAAGCUGUUAUGGCCACUGUUCUUCAGAUGCUUAUGGGAGGAGGUGGCUCAUUCUCUGCGGGUGGUCCUGGCAAGGGAAUGCACUCUUGGCUCUAUCUCCGCAUUUUGAACCAAUACCAGGAGUUUCAAUCAUGCACUGCAUUCACUAGCAUCUUUAACAAUUCCGGGUUGUUUGGGAUCUAUGGUUGCACUAGUCCUGAGUAUGCUGCAAAGGGAAUUGAAUUAGUAGCUGAUGAAAUGAAAGCUGUUGCUGAAGGAAAAGUCAACCAAAAACAUCUUAAUCGCGCCAAGGCAGCAACUAAAUCUGCAAUUUUGAUGAAUCUUGAAUCUCGGAUGAUUGUAGCAGAAGACAUUGGUAGACAGAUACUUACAUACGGGGAGAGGAAGCCAGUGGAUGCAUUCUUAAAGACAGUGGACCAACUCACCUUAAAGGACAUUGCAGAUUUCACCAGCAAGAUUAUUGCAAAACCGUUGACGAUGGGAUCUUUAGGAGCAGUGUUGAAUGUUCCAAGCUACGACUCCGUAAGCAGUAGAUUUUCUUGAAGCUCUCUGUUCAAACCAAGAGAUCUUUUCUUGCAUCAUAAGAACGAGUUGGGGACUUGUAAAAUAAAAAGAAAGCAUUUUUUUAGGAAGAUCCAACCACUUCUCUUUUUGUUUUUCUUUUAUUGUUUUAUCUCAUAGUUUUUUGAAUUCUGAGAGAGGAUAAGUCCACCAAAAUGGCGACAAUAUACGACCAUGUUUCCAACUUGGGUUCGUGAAUAAUAAUACCAUUGAUACGUUUACCAACUU